CUGGGUUGAAAUGGAUACAGAAACAUAGAUUGGUGGUAGAUCUAAGUUUCUGAGGUGAUUAAAAUCAUCUAUUUAUCCAUCCACUAACAAACGAAACACCAGAGAAUGGAAGGUGGAAAUAUCCGGAAGAGCAAUUCAUACCCAUCUGAGUAUCCAGGAAAAAGCAACAUAGAAUUCAAUAUACCAGGAAACAUACCUUCUAUUCCCCAACCAGAAACACCAAUGGAGCCAAUGGAAUUCUUGUCCAGAUCCUGGAGCGUUUCUGCUGCCGAGAUUUCAAAAGCCUUUGCACAGAAACCAAAACAAUCUACGCUUGACAAAAAGAAUAUUAGCCCGUUACCUGAAUCAUUCAUCGCACCACAACUUCAACAGAAGAUUAUGAACCUAUCAAACGUUCAGAGUCUUAGACCAAGAGGGAAAUGGUUCAAUCACAGGGACGCUAUUAUGAGAAGCGUGUGGAAGAAAGACAAGGUCCGGCAGGAAAAAGCACAAGUCCAUGCCGCGCUCUGUGUCGCUGGGCUGGCAACAGCAGUGGCUUCCAUCACUGCAGCUGAGAGCACAAGGUUGGACAAUUCCAGAAUGAGCACUGCUCUUAUGUCAGCUACAGAGCUAUUAGCAUCACAUUGCUUCGAGUUGGCAGAAUCAGCUGGAGCUGAUCAUGACCUUGUAGUUUCUGUUGUCCAAUCAGCCAUUAACAUCCAAAGUCCAAGUGAUCUAGUGACUCUCACAGCUGCAGCUGCAACAGCUUUGCGAGGCGAAGCAGCGCUGAAAGCUAGAUUUCCAAAAGAAGCAAAGAAGAAUGCCACUGUAAUUCCAUAUGAGAAGGGAAUGGGGGGUCAUAUUCUCACUGGUAAUCAUAGUGAAAGCACAAAAAGAGAGCAUCAGUGUACUAAAGACGUGCUGCAACAAGUACACAAAGGAGGGUUACAUUGGAAGCAAGUAUCCAUCUACAUAAACAAGAAGUCUCAGGUUAUCAUCAAGCUCAAAAGCAAUCAUGUUGGAGGGGCCUUUUCCACAAAGAAUAAAGGUGUUGUCUAUGGUGUCUGCAAUGAGAAAGCCUCUUGGCCAUUCAGCAAAGAAAGGGAAAAUGCAGAUGCCUAUUUUGGGGUUAAAACAGCAAAGGGUCUUCUGGAGUUCAGGUGCAAGAACAAGAUCCACAAACAGAAAUGGGUUGAUACAAUUCAAUAUCUUCUACAAAGAACCAGCAACAUUGAAAACAUUGGGCAUUCCAUGAAUAUGUUAACUGCUUAGACGAGCAUUGCUUGACUAAUUGGUGCAUCUGGUAGUUCAAUAAGGGAGGAGAAUGUGAUGGGUUGUGCAUCUAUUAUAGUUUUGUGUUUCUGCUAAGUGAUUUUGUAGCCCUUGUGUCAUAUCUGAACACACUAAAAUGGCAUGAGCCUUGUCUCACUUGUUACUUAGUUUAUUUAUUUUUGGAUAGAUACUUCUUGUUUAGUUUUCACAUCUUACUCCAAUCUUUGAAUUUCCACUUGUAUAUAAUAUUAGUGAGAGAUGAAAAUCAACAAAUGCUUUCCUAUUUGAAAGGCUACCUUAUAAAGUUCUAUAGGCCCUCUUUUUCCUUCUCAUUCUUUCUUUGUCGAUGAAUAAAUUAAGCAAGCAUGAUGCAAACGGGGGACGAUAAAAUGUCGUUU